UAUGUCCACAAACAUUGGAAGGAGGACGCUUUGUUCGGCUACCAGUAUCUAAAUGGUGUGGGAGGGCCCCCAGAACCCCGCUUGAUUUGUGUGUCCCAGACAUAGACGCUGGCAAGAUUUCCCUUAUUUUUCCACAUUGAAGGAUUCUUCUGCUUUCCUGAUUGAAAAUGGUGAAAUAUAAAGUGACUGUAUCCACUGGCAAUCUCGCCUAUGCCACCACUUUUAACAACGUCUUCAUUAAGCUGGUGGGCACAGAUGGGGAGAGUGAACACAAGAAGCUCAGGAGCUUCAAAGGGGUUUUAUCUUUCAUCCGAGGAGCAGUGUCUAGUUUUACCGUGUCCUGCCCUGUCUCCAUUGGAAAGCUGGUUCUGAUAGAGCUAAACAAAAAGCCUCGUCUGCUGUUCCCUGAGGACUCCUGGUUCCCUGCCAAGGUGGAAGUGAAAUCCCCCGAGGGAGACGCCUACAACUUUCCCAUCUACCGCUGGAUCACUGACAGCGAGGUGCACCGUUUCAGAGAGGGAACAGCUCUGAGAGUCUUUGAAGACAACCAUCAUCUUGGCAGGUACAGUCGGGAGAAGGAGCUGAAGCAGCGAGGGAAAGACUAUCGCUGGGAUGUAUAUGUAGAGGGAAUACCUCACUUCAUAAAGGCAGAAAACCCUCAUUCUCUGCCUUUGGAGGUCCGCUUCUCCUUCACCAAGAAGAUGGAGUUUUUCUUAACUGCACUCACAGGGCUGGCUGAGCUGAAACUGGAGGGACUGGCUGAUUGCAAGGAGAACUGGACUAAUAUUGAUGCUAUCAAUCGGGCAUUCAGCUGCAAACGGACUGACAUAUCAGACUAUGUCCACAAACAUUGGAAGGAGGACGCUUUUUUCGGCUACCAGUAUCUAAAUGGUGUCAACCCCAUGUUGAUCCGCCGUUGUACGGCCCUGCCGAAAAACUUUCCUGUCACUGAUGGCAUGGUCUCCCUCCGGGGUCAGCGUAGCUUCUUAAAUGAAAUGAUGAAAGGCAACAUAUUUCUGUGUGACUACAAGCUUUUGGAUGGACUGAAAGCAAACACCAUCAAUGGGAAGAAGCAGUACUUGAUGGCUCCCCUCGUCCUUUUCCACAAAACACCUGAUGAUACGCUGAUGCCAAUUGCUAUUCAGCUGAAGCAGACUCCUGCAGUGGACAAUCCCAUCUUUUUUCCUACUGAUUCUGAGUACGACUGGUUGAUGGCCAAGAUUUUUGUGAGAAGUGCAGAUUUCAGCGAGCAUCAACUCAAUGCUCACCUGCUGCGCACUCAUCUGCUGGCUGAAGUUUUUGCCGUGUCACUGCUGCGCAACGUGCCCAUGGUGCAUCCACUGUACAAGCUCCUCACACCUCACACUCGCUACACUCUGCAGAUCAACUACUUGGCUCGACUUCUUCUAAUAUCUGAGACUGGUGUUUUCACACAGUUUGCAGCUUCUGGUGGAAAGGCUAUGAUCACAAUCCUGAAGAGAUCACUGUCCUCAAUGACCUACAGCUCCCUCUGUAUACCAGACGACAUUGCUGAGCGUGGGCUGGAGGCUGUGCCGAACUUCUACUACAGGGAUGAUGGACUCAAGCUUUGGGAUAUCAUCCACAGGUUUGUGCAGGGAGUGCUCAGCUACUACUACAAGAAUGACGCCGAGGUCCAGCAAGACUCCGAACUGCAGAAGUGGAUCUUGGAAAUUUUUGAACAUGGGUUCCUUUCCCAAGCAUGCACAGGAAUUCCACAGAGAUUUACCACCGUGGCUGAGUUGGUUAAGUUUGUCACCAUGGUGAUCUUCACUUGCUCAGCACAGCACUCGGCCGUGAAUUCUGGACAGUAUGAUUAUGGUGGCUGGAUGCCCAACACUCCCAACUCCCUGCAACUUCCUCCACCAACCACAAAGGGGACAACAAGCAAAGCCAUGAUGCUGCAGACAUUCCCUGAUGUCAACACGACAGUUCAUGAAAUGGCCACCUUAUGGCUACUCAGCCAGCAGUCCUCUGACUUCGUCCCACUUGGCCACUACCCAGAGGACCAUUUCAGUGAGAAGAUUCCCUUCAAGCUGAUAAAGGAUUUUCAAGGAGAGCUUGAAGUGUUAAGUCUAGCCAUUAAAGUCAGAAACAAGAGCCUGGAGGUCCCAUACACAUACCUGGAUCCAAAAGAGGUAGAAAAUAGUGUGGCCAUUUGAGUAUCAGAAGAUGUGACCUCCUCAGUUGUUGGCCAAAUUCAGCUUCAUAUUGACAAAAGUGAGAAAGUGAAGAGAAAGGAACUGCAUGCUCUGUUUUUAACUGAUACUAUAGUACAAAACAACUACUGCAUGUGAUCAUUGUAUGCUGAUCUGUGAUUUUUAUACAGCCUACUUGAUUUAACUGGGGUCAAAAUGUACUGUUUUAAAUCAUAAUCCACAUUUUAAAUAUUCUUAGCUUGAGAGUGUGUAAAAACUAGUUAGUAAAUGAGCACAAAAGCCAAAACAGAAUGAAAGUAAUGAAAAAUGGUUGAAUUGUCCAUCUUUUGCCACUCCCAGUGGUAGUAAUACAAAUGCAAACUUCAUAGUCUAUCUCAGUCAUUUGGUUGCUAAGAUAAAAAGUAAGUCUAAUUAAAUUUGCAUGUUGCUUCAUUUUAUUUGCAUGAUCAUAGUUAAAGCAGUAUUACCAAAGCACGUUGUACAAGGUUUACAUGUACAGUAUAAUAUAUAUCUGAAUGUAAAUGUAAUGUAAACCAACAAUUUAAAAGUGCUGAUUUAAACAUUUACCAAACUUCAACAUUUUGAAAUCAAUCCUGUGCCAUCGUUUCCUGUCAACAUAAAGUCUAAUAACUGAUCAAAAGUUAAAGAUAUAAAUCGUAAAACAACAUUUUCUAUCUGAUUAAACAGUAAGAUAUUUAUAUA